GGAGAGAUUGUGAAAAUGGAAGGCAGCAGAAGCGAAGAAAUUUUCGAUUCUUUGAACCUAAAUCCACAGCUUUUCAUCAAUGAAACGCUGAACACAGUCGAUGAUCUACUCAACGAUGCGUUCGAUUUCUAUCUCCAAGAAGCUUCCAAAAUUUUGAAAGUCGAAGGUACUGACCGUUCCCAUGAUCUAACUAAGGGAGUUAAUUAUAUUCGCAAUAUGAUUCAAUCAAGUUUGGACAAGCGGCUUGCUAUGUGGGAGAAGUACUGUCUUCGCCACUGUUUUUCGGUUCCUGAAGGUUUUUCUUUACCAAAAAAUGAUGAGCUAAUUGCUAGUUCUUCAAUGAUUCAAGAUGCUCUAUCUGAACCAGAUGUGGAUGCAGAGUUGGAUUCAUUAAGGAAUAAACUUACAUUGGUUGGGGUAGAGACUGAUAGGCUCAACGGUGAACUUAAAGAAUUGGAAAGACAGUCUGCUUCAAGAGUGCAUUGCACUGAACUUAUUAGCGAGACACUGCAAUUAUAUGAAGACCCCUCUAUGCAUGACAUGUUCCAAGAAAUGAUGCAAACUGCGGCCGAACUCCGUGUUAAGAUGUCGGGAUUUAACUCCAGAAAGGCAGAAAAAAUGGAACACGAAGGAGCGGAGAGUGUAUGCAGCUCGCUUACCGAUUACUUCACCGCAAAUCCAAAGAACGCCCUUUUGAAUGCGAAGUUGGAUGAUCUUGAAGAAUUUCUAGCGGAACUGAAGAAGACUUAGACGUUAUGCAUAUAUAUCUGUGUGUGCGCACGCGCGUGUGAUAAUAUCUUGUUGCCUACCUGUGUAU